GUCAGUGAAUGCUGUCAGUGCCGCCGAGUGAGUGCACUCUUUCGGGCAAGCUAACAGAGAAGCCCCACUAACUGCUAUAGAAAUAGCAUUGGACUUUAUAUGUCAGCAAAGUAAUAAAUACCAUUUGAGUUACAUAUUGUAAUUCAGUAUAUAUAUAUAUAUAUAGUUUAAAACGAGAGCAAAAUGCAGAGAGAGAAAUAUUUGCCAGAGCUGAUGGCAGAGAAAGAUACUCUGGACCCAUCUUUUGUUCAUGCUGCACGUCUGCUGACUGAAGAAAUUGAACAGUUCCAGAACAACAGCUCAAAAAAAGAAGAGGAGAAGCAAUACCUUGAUGUUAUCAGCAACAAAAAUAUUAAACUAGCUGAAAGAGUGUUGAUUCCAGUCAAACAAUAUCCAAAGUUCAAUUUUGUGGGGAAGUUGCUCGGACCACGAGGUAAUUCGCUAAAGAGGUUACAGGAAGAAACAGGCGCAAAAAUGUCCAUCUUGGGCAAAGGAUCUAUGAGGGACAAAGCCAAGGAAGAAGAAUUGCGGAAAAGUGGAGAGGCCAAAUAUGCACAUUUAGGUGAUGACCUUCAUGUGCUCAUCGAAGUUUUUGUCCCAGCAGGAGAGGCCUAUUCCCGCAUGAGCCACGCACUAGAGGAGGUGAAAAAAUUCCUGGUCCCAGACUACAAUGAUGAGAUUCGUCAGGAACAGUUGAGAGAACUGUCAUACCUGAAUGGUUCCGAGGAUUCUAAUCGAGGGAGGGGAACACGUGGAAGGGUGAUCCGAUCUGCCCUCACACCAGCAGCGAGGGGACGUGCCAGCACUCUCCUUCCUGGACGAGGAGUUCCAGUACCAAGAGGAACACCAGUGGCACGGGGGGUACCCUCUCUAUCCCAUGCAGUGAGGGGUACUCCAGCACCACGUAGUAGAGGAGGACCAGGAGCAUCUGGUUAUCGACCACCACCUCCACCAGAAGAGGAUACGUAUGAUGAAUAUGGCUAUGAUGAUGGCUAUGGAGGAGAAUAUGACGAACAAAGCUAUGACACCUAUGAUAAUAGCUACGCUAGUCAGGUGGAGAGUGGCCCUGAAUAUUACGAUUAUGGACAUGGAACAAGUGAAGAAAUCUAUGAAAGUUAUGGUCAAGAAGAAUGGGUUACAAGUCGGCCAAGCUUAAAGGCACCAAUCCCGAGGUCAAGAGGGACCUACAGAGAACAUCCCUAUGGUGUCUGAUAGUAGGUUAACCAGGGAAAAAAAAGCAGGACAAGCAUUCAGGCUCAGAUCAAAGACUUCUGGAGUUUGUGGCAGAUGAACUGGUGGCCUACUGAAAAUAUGGAAGAAGAUAUUUUCCCUGACUUUGUUUCUUCGAUGAUAUUCUUCACAAGGUGCUGACCUGGCACAGAGCAGCACAACAGAACAACGUUACACUCCUUGCAACCAGAUCAAACUUGGUCACUUGUGACUAAAUGGGGGCUGCACUAGGACCGUGCGGGGACGUGGGUCCGACCCAGAUCUGUACAUCCUGAUCCAGUGGGCCAACUCCUCACUUACCAGGCCCGACUCCAACUCCAGCCUCACGAACUUCGGGAGCUACUUCUCCAGGAAGCCAACGAGGUCCUCGCCUUCCUUGCGUUCCGGAAGACCCACAAGCCGUAAGUUUUCUCACCUAUUUUUAUUCUCCAGGUCGUCGACUUGUUCCUGAAGGGCCUGCACCUGGUCUUCCAGCGUUUGGAUCUUUCCUCCCGAGACCUCCGCCAUGGUCUCUGAUGCCGUGGUCCUCUCCUCCAGUCUUCAGGCCAGUAGCUAGAUUUCCUGCUCAUACUUUUUCAGCAUGGCAGAUAGUGGUUCUACUGCUGCUUCAAUCUUCUCUCAGAGUUUACCAAACUCAGAGACUAAAUGCUGCUGUCCCAUUAGAUCCAAAGGGGCUGCCCUGGGAGUUGGAGCACUGGCUGCAGACACCCUUGAUGUGGUUGGGGAGUGCCGGUCUGCUGUACUCCUUUAGGCCCCUUUCCUUUAUUCAUUUUCAUUCUGGCUUAAACCUGUCACACCACAAUUUCAGCAGCUCCAGAUGAUCAGCAAGUUUAAUUUAGCAAUUUUUUCUCCUGGUGGUGAGCCCAGCAGAGCAGACCACUCAGACCGCCACCAUCUUGGAUCUCCAGCUAUUGAACACUUAACAUUUGAUAUUUUUCUGUAUUUUUCCAACAGAUACCUUAAUCCAGUUAAACAUUUGGCAUCUUUAUUAGAAGAGGAAUAUCCUAUGACUGCAUCAAGCCAUCAACCAACAUUAACUCAAUUUCCAGCCUAUGUUGUUGUUUUGACUAUGUUCAAAAGGUUAUUGAAAAUUAAUUGGUUACACCAGGCAAUCACUACAAAAAAAACUAAAGUGCAUCAAAGCCACUAUUUUUCAGCAACAUACCCUAAUUAGCGUUAGUAAGCAGAUGUAGCUCACUGAAUUAGAAAAAUUAUUUAAUAGAUGUAUAAACAACCACAAAUCCAGCAACUUUGAGACCAGACCUUGCCACUUUUCAGAACUUUGAAACAAAAUUGAAAUUCCUUAAUACAAUAAAUGCCCAAAUCUGUUACUCCCUGAACUUUGCUGACUGAGUCAGAUGGUGGUGGGGGACAGGGGAUAAGGUUCACUAAGGCACACACACACAACAGAAGCUGUUAGGCAGAUAAAGCAGCCAAAUACUUGACAAAUGACUACACCAAUGCAGCAAUAUGCUGUACAUGGCAAUAAGGGUGUACAGUGUAAUCCACUCAAAAAGCACUUAGUUUUUAGACACCAGAUUUUGUGUAUCCCUCCCCAUAUCAUGAAAUCUUUCAGGGCAGAGAGAGGCCAUUCAUCCCAGGUCUACAAACCCAAUAAAUAUUCCUCAAUUAUUUAUCCAAUUUCCUUUUUAGCUUUAUUAUUGAAUCUGCUUCCGCUACCUUUUCAGGCUGUACUUUCCACACCAUUAUUCUUAUUUUUACUGGAACUCCUCAUCCUCUUGUUCCUGACCCUCUUGCCAGUAGAAUCAGUCUCUUCUUAUCUACUCUUGCGAAAUGACCAAUCAUUUGGUCACACAGACCUGGUGUGUUGCUGAAAAUAAGUUUAUUGAAACUUUUCAUCUUGCACUCAUUAGGACUAAUCACAAGAAUAUCAGAGUAAUGAGGAACAACAUUUUUAUACUGUAUGAAAAGAGUGUUGAUUGAUUGGCAACCAUUGUACUGGUAUUUCCUGUAAAUAUCUUAAUGAGUGCAAGAAAAAUUCUUCAAUAAAACGUGACUUCUUUUCAGUAAAACUUUAAUGCAACCCUUUGUAAUUUUGAACACUUCUAUUAAAUCUCUUUGCAACUUUCCCUUCUCUAAGGAGAACAAUUCCAGUUUCUCCAGUCUCUCUGCUCUUGAAAUUCCUUCAUUGCUGGUCCAAUGCUGAUAAAUCUCCUUUAUACCUUGUCCAAGGCUCCCUCCAACUCAGUGAGCAAAGCCACCAGACCAUCCACUCAUAUCCUGAAAAACUGUAAACUUGAAUUGCAUAAAUUAGCAUCAUUUUAGGUACAUUUGGAAGUCCAGACAGUGGUUGACCAAAGCACUGUAUGGAUGUCAGGAAACCAGGCUGAAAAACCAUUUAACAGAAUGUGUAGCAUUUUCUAGCAAUUUUAACUAUUGGUAGUCACUCAUUCUCUCACUAGGGAUUCACUCACAGUGUGAAUCCCUAGUCUGACAUCCUUUGACAUUAUGGAAUUAAAGAAAGACAGACAGCAACCUAGAGAAGGGAGAGGUUCAGAGACCUAGACAAACAUGUGGGCAGAGCAGAGUCCAAGAGGAGCAGAGAGAACUGGGAAAGGAAUUCCUCAGUGACUGAAGGCAGGAGCACCCUUGAUCACAUA